AAUCGAAGAUGGCAGAGCCUGAAAGCACGGUCAUAAACACCCAUGUAAAACAGAAAGACCCCAGCGAAGCACUGGUCAUUGCGGUGACCACCAGAGCCAUCUUCAACCUGGAGGAGGAGCACAAGCUCUACCUGGAGAAGGGCAAGGAGGAGUACGCAAGGCACCAGCAGGCCAACCAGGACAAGCCCCUGCCACCAGGCACGGCCUUUGCCUUUAUCCAGGCAGCGCAGUAUGUGAAUGAGAAGAUCCUGGAGAGCAACCCAGCAGAGAAGAACCUCUUUGACAUCCUGGUGCUCUCCAACAACAGCCCAGAGAGCGGCAUACGUAUCAUCAACAGUGCCAAGCACUACGGCCUGGAGAUCUCGAAGUUCUGCUUCGUCAGUGACGAGGACUCCACACUAUACCUGAAGUCCCACGGAGUCAAGCUCUUCCUCUCAGCUGACAGGACAGAUGUCUGCAAUGCCCUGCGGAGAGGGGUCUCGUCAGCACUUGUCUUCCAGCAAGAGGUGCAGGCCACCAGCGCCCCACUCCGCGUGGUGUUCGACGGAGACGCCGUGCUCUUCUCUGAUGAGACGGACCAGGUCUUCCGGGAGCAGGGGCUGGAGGGGGCAGUGCAGUAUGAGCGGGCAAUGGAAGCCGUACCCAUGGGAGAGGGUCCCCUGAAGGCAUUUGCCAUGCACCUUGGGAAGAUGCGCAAGAAGUUCAGCCAGGACAAAUCCCCCAUCCGCACCUACCUGGUGACUGCCCGCGGUGGCCGGGACAUGGGCGUCCGAGCCAUCAAGACACUCCAGGAGUGGGGUCUGGCCAUUGAUGAGGCUUUCUUCAUGGAUGGCGCUCCCAAGGGCCCUAUCCUUGCCCAGAUCCAGCCCCACAUUUUCUUUGACGAUGGUCUUCAUAACAUCCAGGGAGCCCAAAAUGUGGGGGUACCUUCUGCUUGGGUCCCUUCCUGCUGCUGA